UUUUUGUUCAAUAACAUAAAAAAAUCCACCUCAAUUUCACGAAUUCUCUUACCAAACUGCUCAAGCAAUGGCUUCUGCUCUUUCUUGUUCUCUCUUUUUCUUGCUUUUGCUCCCUUGUUUGUCAGUAGUUGCUCAAAAUAGUGGUAAUAUAACAGUGGAUGACUCCCUUACUGCUGGUAAUGGGGCACAAGCAUGGAUUUCUCCUUCUCAGGAUUUCGCUUUCGGGUUUCACAAGCUUGAGGAAAAUGAUAUUUACUUGCUUGCCAUAUGGUAUAACAAAAUUCCACACAAAACAAUAGUCUGGUAUGCAAACGGAGAUAAGCCUGCACCAACUGGAUCAAAGGUAGUGCUAACCUCUGAUCGUGGGCUACUGCUUACUAGCCCUCAAGGAACAGAGAUUUGGGCAUCUGGUAUCAGCACGCCAACUGCUGCCUAUGGUUUGAUGAAUGAUACGGGAAAUUUCAUAAUAGCAAAUGCGGGAGCUGAAAAGCUGUGGGAGAGCUUUGAUCAUCCCACUGAUACUUUGUUGCCUGGACAGGUAAUGGAGAGGUUAUUGCCUGAGCAGAGUCUAGAGACUGGUGGCCAAGUUCUCUCUUCUAGGCUAAGGCAAAACAAUUUUUCCCGUGGAAGGUUUCAGUUCCGUUUGAUUCCAGAUGGAAAUGCUGUACUUAAUGUAAUUAAUUUGCCCACUGGUGCUGCUUACGAAGCUUAUUUUUGGAGCAACACUGUUGAUUCUAACUCAACGAAUAAGGGUUUAAGAGUAGUAUUCAAUGAGUCAGGUUACUUGUAUGUCCUGAGAGCAAGCAAUGAAAGGGAGCUCCUCACUCCGGCAAGAGUAGUCCCUGCUGCAGAAUAUUAUCACAGAGUAACUCUCAAUUUUGACGGGGUUAUGGUUCAAUAUUCAUAUCCAAAGAAUUCUACUGGAAAUGGAAAUUGGUCGAUUGUUCGAACUAUGCCGGACAAUAUUUGCAGUGACCUUUCUGUACGUCAAGGAACUGGGCCCUGUGGCUUUAAUGGUGUCUGCCAACUAAGUCUAGAUCAACGCCCAAUCUGUAGAUGCCCGCCAAGGUUUUCUUUACUUGACCCAAAUGAUGAGUAUGGAGGCUGCAAACCUGAUUUCUACACCCAAUUAUGUGAAGAAGAACUAGAAGGUGCGUCUAAUUCCUUAGAAGAUUAUGAUUUUGUGGAGCUGAUAAAUACUGAUUGGCCAACUUCUGAUUAUGAGAUGUAUAAACCUUAUAACAUAGAAGAGUGCAAGAAAGCUUGCAGCCAAGAUUGCUUCUGCAAUGUGAUUGUGUCUAGAGAAGACAAUUGCUGGAAGAAGAAGCUGCCACUCUCAAAUGGGAGACAAGAUGACAGUGUCAUGGGAAGAGCUCUCAUCAAAAUAAGGAAAAGUAAUUAUACAAUAAGAGGACCUCCUCUUCCAUUCCCCAACGCAAAGAAGGACCAAGACAGUUUGCUUAUUGCUGUGUCUGUCCUCUUAGGUGGCUCUGUGUUUGUCAACUUCAUACUAGUUGGUGUUGUGAGUUUUUACUUUUUCUUCCUUUACCAAAAACAAUCCUCAAGGACCGAAAGAGUUGCAGAAUCCAAUUUACGCUACUUCAGCUAUAAGGAACUUAUGGAAGCAGCAGACGGCUUCAAAGAAGAGCUAGGAAGAGGAUUUUUUGGCAUUGUUUAUAAAGGGCAAAUAAAAAUGGGCAGUAAUAAAGUCCCUGUUGCAAUCAAGAAAUUGGAUAGAGUAGCUGAAGACAAUGACAAAGAAUUCAAGACUGAAGUUGAUGUGAUUGGCCAAACACACCAUAAGAAUCUAGUCCAGCUUGUAGGAUUUUGUGAUGAGGGAAAACACAGGCUGCUGGUAUACGAGUUUUUGAGCAAUGGAACAUUAGCUAAUUUUCUUUUUGGAGAUAUUAAACUUAGUUGGUACCAAAGAACCCAAAUAGCUUUGGGGAUUGCAAGAGGACUUUUGUACUUACAUGAAGAAUGCAGUACUCAAAUCAUCCAUUGUGAUAUAAAGCCUCAAAAUAUUCUUCUUGAUGACUAUUAUGAUGCGAAAAUUGCUGAUUUUGGACUUGCAAAGCUAAUGGUGUUAAAUCAGAGCAAAACAUUUACAAACAUUAGAGGAACAAAAGGGUAUGUUGCAGCAGAAUGGUUUAGGAACAUCCCAAUUACAGUUAAGGUUGAUGUGUACAGUUUUGGGGUGUUAUUGUUGGAGAUAAUUUGCUGUAGAAGAAAUGCAGAUACAGAAAUAAGUGAAGAGAGAGCAAUUCUCACUGACUGGGCUUAUGAUUGCUAUGCAGAAGGCAAAAUAAGUGCUUUAAUUGAAGAUGAUGAUGAUGAAGCCUUGAAAGAUGUGAAAAAGCUUGAGAGGUUUGUGAUGGUUGCAAUUUGGUGCAUUCAAGAAGAUCCCAAUUUAAGACCAACGAUGAAGAUUGUGAUGCUGAUGCUUGAAGGUAUUAUUCAAGUUCCAGUUCCACCAUGUCCAUUCCCAUUUAGCAUAGUUAGUUAAUAAAAAUGUUUUUUUUUGCAGAUUGUAAUCUUUUUUAAAAUGCUUUGUAGUUAGUUUAUGGUUUCGCGUUGGUGAUAU